UGCGGUCGCCGCCUGUGGUUGCGGACUCCCGUCUUCGUUCCAUAAUUUAGGACACCUAUAAAAUCAGCACACUUCUUCUCUUCUAUUUUCUCUCUCCUCUCUCUCGCCGACUCAGGGUUUCUAAAGAGCCCUCCACCAUUUCUAGGGUUUCUUUCAUCGAUCGUAAAAAAUGGGGAAGCAGAAGGGAGAACGAAGCAAGAAUCGACCUUCAAGCAGCAGUUUGGCGGCCUCGUUGUUGCCUUCAGGAGCCUCGGGCGUCGGAUUCGGAGGAUACCUUGGAAGUUCUCGGAUCGAUCCCCCGACUUCUUCAGAAGAAUCCACUUCGUUCUCGGAUGUGGAUAGUGAAGUAGUACAGCACUUGAAGAGGCUUGGAAGAAAGGAUCCCACUACAAAGCUCAAAGCUCUAGCUGCACUGUGCUUACUGUUUAAGCAAAAGUCUGGAGAGGAACUUGCGCAAAUUGUUCCGCAGUGGGCAUUUGAAUAUAGAAGGCUCUUGCUUGAUUAUAAUAGAGAGGUCCGUCGGGCUACUCAUGAUGCCAUGACUAGUCUUGUGACUACUGUCAGGAAAGGGUUGGUCCCUCAUUUGAAGUCUUUGAUGGGACCUUGGUGGUUUUCUCAGUUUGACCCGAUCUUUGAGGUUUCUCAAGCUGCCAAGAGAUCCUUAGAGGCAGCCUUUCCUGCAUCAGAUAGAAGAUUGGACGCUUUGAUGCUAUGUAUUAAUGAUAUCUUCUUAUACCUAGAUGAAAAUUUAAAGCUUACCCCACAAGCUAUGUCUGAUAAAGCUUCGCCCAUGGAUGAGUUGGAGGAUAUGCACCAGAGGGUAAUUUCAUCAUCUCUUCUGGCAGUAGCAACUCUUGUUGAUAUUUUAUUGAGAAUGAAAUCUCAAAGUAAUGAUUCUGAAGCUGCUGCCACUGAGCAAAAGCUUGCUUCCAAGGCUACAGAAGUCACACUAUCUUCUGCUGAAAAAAUAUUGGCAGCGCACAAUUCCUUCCUCGAAUUUUUGAAGUGCAAAAGUCCUGUUAUUCGUUCAGCUACGUAUUCAGCUCUAACAAGUUUCAUUAAACAUAUUCCUCAAGCUUUUGGGGAUAAUAUGAAGGCAGUUUCUGCUGCUGUUCUUGGUGUUUUCCAAGAAAAGGAUGCAUCCUGCCAUUCCUCCAUGUGGGACAUGAUAUUACUUUUUUCAAGAAAGUUUCCAGAUUGUUGGGCCUCCAACAAUGUUCAGAAAGUCGUCCUAAAUCGCUUUUGGAAUUUUCUUAGACAUGGGUGCUAUGGGUCAAACCAAAUUUCAUACCCAGCUCUAGUUGUAUUCUUGGAAUCUAUACCUCCUACAGCAGUUGGUGGGGAGAAAUUUAUUCUUGAUUUUUUCCAGAACCUGUGGGCUGGAAGAAAUCCAUUGCACUCCUCUGAUGCAGAUCGUGCGUCUUUCUUCAGGGCAUUUGAAGAAUGUUUUCUUUGGGCGGUGCAAAAUGCUUCAAGAUAUAAUACAUCUCAAGAUGCCAUAAAUCCUCUGUCUACCAAACUUGUCAGCAACAUUCUUGUGGAACUUUUGUGGCGGGACUAUCUUCUGCUUGUAAACCUGAAAAGUAAAGAUGAAAGUCAAUUUCUGAUGUCUGAUGGUCUAGCUAGUGAAGGCAUUCAACUGUCAGAGGAAAAGUCACAGGAAAUAGUCAGCGCUAGUCGCCCUACAGGUUACACUGAAGAAUUAGGAAAAUGCAUUGUUGGAAUUUUGGCAGAUAUUUCCAUCAAGGAAUCCUGCUUACUGACUGAAUUCUGUACAAUAUUUCUCAAGAAUUGUUUGGACAUUUUCCAGCAAGGAGAGAAGCAGACCAAAUUUCCUGAGUAUGUUGAAAGGAUAUCAAAUUUCUUUCGUUUACUAGACCAGUAUGCAUGGCAGAAAGGUCAAAUCUGGCCUUCUUAUUUGGCAGGACCAUUGUUUGCGAACUCUUUCAAAAUCACCAAAGCCAUGGAUUCUCCAGAUGCUAUCAGAUUUUUGUACAUCUUGAUUGAAAUAUUUGGACCUAUAACGUUGUUCUCAUUCCUCCAUUUUGGCAACGGAGACCAAUGGAGCAUUGACACUGUUCAGGAAACUAAUUAUGAAGUGAAAGUGAAGUUUUUUUUGCAAGCAUUCAGAGAUGAUUUUGUUCCUUGGUGUUUCCAUGGACAUACUCGCUCAUGCAGUGAAAAAAUUGAUCUCUUGAUUGCUUCAAUUCAAGAUGAAUUUUUCUCUGAGCAAUGGUGUUCUGUCCUCACAUAUGCUACCUGUACCGAUCCAGAUAAAUUCACUAAGCCUGAUAUAAGGCCUUCAGAUGUUACUGAUCAGACUGAAUUGCUGGCAAUUCUUAUUGAGAAAGUGAAACGAAAAAUCAACAAAAUGAAGAUGAAAGCUGUUCAGAAUAUAGGCUGCCUCCCAGUACACUGGCAACACAAGUUAUUAGAUUCAGCUGCAAUUUCAGUUCUUCUUCAUUCUCCUCCAAGUACAUCUGAUGCUCGGUUUCUAUGCGCGGUACUAGGAGGCUCAACCGAAGAUGACAGAACGUGCUUUGUUUCAGGAGAAGUGAUAGUCAGUGUAUUUCAGGAAAUCUUGAAAAAUUUAGUAAUAUUUCUUUCCUUAUCUUCAUUUGAGUGGUCAAGGCUUUCAUCCUCUUUGCUGCUGUCUUCUAGAUCCUUGGACUUAGUGCAGAAAUCAUCUUCUGCUGACAGACUUAAGAUUGCUCAAUUUUCUUUUGAAGUCCUUGAAGGUAGUUGGACUUUCUGCUCGAAGAUGCUUGGUGCGGAUCAUGUUUUGCUUCCUUCUAUUUUGGCUGCAAUUUUUAUCAUUGACUGGGAAUGUAGCAUGUCAUCAUGUUUAAGCAAGGAAGAUUGUUCUGAGGGUACUGAAAAUUUGAUCAAUCCUGAUAUCUCCUUAGCAACAGACGGAAUGGUUCUAGUUGAUCAUUCAAAAGAACUAUUUGAUGCAAAGUUGAUGCUUGGGAGAAGAAUGCAUGCUUUUAUCCAUAAGAUAAGUGUCUCAUCUUUGAUGCUUUUCAGUUCUAGCAACAUAUCAAGACUGAGAAGCAUCUUAGUUCAGACACUUAGAUCUGCAGCCUUUGAGACUAAUAACUUGACUUCUGAUCGGAUUUCUUCUUUGUGCUGUGAAUGGAUGCUGGAUAUGCUGGAAGUCAUCUCUCAUGAUGAGACAGAGUUACAGAAUAUGUUGGAUCAGUUACUAACAGAGGACAGUUCAUGGACUAUGUGGGUUGCACCAUCUUCUCGAGAUGAAAAUGGAACAGCUACAAUCCAAGUUAAGAGAGAGCAUACAGGCAUUAAGUUUAAUCAUUGUAUGCAGGAAGUGAGGCAUAAUCAGUUUAUUGCUUUUGUUGAAAGGCUUAGCUCAAGUCUGGGGUUCUCCAAAGUGAUAGCUGGGUUUGUUCGACAAAUUCCAGAUUCAUCUUCUGUACCGUUGACUGAACAUGAUUCAUCUUUCUCCUCCUCUUACUCCCGAGCAUGGCUUGCUGUGGAGUUGCUUUGCACAUGGAAAUGGCAAGGGGGGAGUGCUUUAGACUCAUUCUUACCUUCAUUGAGCAAAUAUGCAAAGUAUGAAUCACCCUACCCUGAAGUACAUGUAAUUUUUUCAAUAGUCAACAUAUUGUUCGAUGGUGCCCUUGUCCAGGGAUCCAAUGGCCUCUGGAUUUCUUUUAACACAUGGGUUCCUUCAGAUGAUGAGGUUGAAAAUAUUAAAGAUCCGUUUCUCCGUGCUAUUACUUCCUUGCUGUUGAUACUAUUUGUUAAGGAUAAAACUUGGAGAAAGCAUGAGGCUCUUGAGAUUUUCAAGAAUGUUGUUGGCAAACUUUUUACAGAUGCUACUGUAAAUAGGACCUGCCUAAGAAUUCUUCCCUUUCUUUUGAGUAUACUUAUUGAACCAUUACUUCUUCAAAGCACAGAGUUCAAUGAUGCCAGUAAAGAUGUCGUGCUUGCUCCUUGGAAGGAUGAUUCAGUUCUCAAGAGUGUUUUGAGCUGGCUCCAGAGAGCUCUUUCUUUUCCACCUCUAGGCAGUGGCUGCUCUGGAGAACCAGAUCUAGAAGAAUGGGUUCAACUCAUAGUAUCUUGUUAUCCUUUACAAGCGAUUGGAGUACCUGGAGGAUGUAAGGUGGAGUUGGGGAGAGACAUAAGACAUUUAGAGAAAUCAUUGAUGCUGAGUUUGUUUCAAAAGCAAAGAGGUGGCAAAGAUGUUUCAUCAUCUCAAUCUGAGACGCCAUUUGCUGCAUCAGCCUCUAAGAAUUUAGUUUCUUCCUCAUAUUCGCAGCUGAUUCUGGCAAAGCUAACAGCAGUAUCAGUUGGAUAUUGCUGGAAGGAGUUUACUGAAAAUGACUGGCAUUUUGUGUUAGAUAGUUUACAGAGUUGGAUAGAAUCAUCUGUUUUGCUGAUGGAAGAAAUUGCAGAGAAAAUAGAUGAGCUUGUUAUGAGCUCUACUUCUAAACCUAACCUGGAUUAUGUUUUAGAGAAGCUUGAACUAGCUGUUCUGGAUAUGGAUCCAAUGGCAAUAAAUAUUUCCGGAACUGCUCUACUUGUGUUAUCUCUUUUCUCGCAGCUUGUUGAGCUCCAUGAAACAGAUAGCACUGAAGUUUUGUUGACCAUAAAGUUGGGAAAAUGGGCCCAAAUUAAAGACCGGGUUAUGGAAAAUAUUCUCCGACUAUUUUUUGCAACUGGAGUUGCUGAGGCAGUUGCAAGCACAUGCAGCAAUGAGGCUUCAUCCAUUGUAGCAUCAAGCCGGAUUGCAUAUUCUCAAUUUUGGUCACAAGUUGCAUCAUUAGCUAUUACCUCAUCUGAGGAUGUUAGGAAUACAGCUGCAAAGUCUAUGGAACUUUGGGGUCUUAGCAAGGGACCUAUUAGCUCCUUGUAUGCCAUUCUUUUUUCUUCGAGACCCAUACCUUCUCUUCAAUUUGCUGCUUAUAGGUUGAUUUCAUCAGAGCCACUAUGUCAUGUUUCACUCCUGAAGGACAACUCUCAAUUGGGAAAUGUCACUGCUAAUGAGGAUCUGAACCUGAAUGGUUUUAACUCAUCUUCUGUAGAUUGUCUCUCUUUAAUGGAUGAAAUUUCUUUCCUCAUUCAGAAACCAGCUUCUGCUCUUCUUGAAAUGGACUUAGUAUCACAAGAUAGGGUAAAUGUCUUUCUUGCAUGGGCUAUACUGCUAUCUUAUCUACGUUCAUUGUCACCUUCCUCCUCAGCAAGGGAAGCGCUGACUCAAUAUGUACGAGAAUCUGUUAGUUCAGAGAUACUGGAUUGCAUUUUCCAAAAUAUUCCUUUAAAGCAGGGUGUAGGUACUACAAAGAAGAAGGAUAUUGAAUUUGUACCUGAAGCAGCUGUAGCUGCCAGUUUCGCGAAGAAUGUUAUAAGUUCAGGUUCUGGAUUGUUAAACUUAGAGACACUUUGGCCUAUUGGGACAGAGCAAAUGGCUUCUCUUGCUGGUUCAUUAUAUGGAAUGAUGAUUUGGCUCCUCCCGUCUUAUGUUAGCAACUGGUUUUCAAGCUUGCGUGAUCGCUCUCUACUAUCUGCUAUUGAAUCUUUCACUAAAAGGUGGUGCAGCCCUUCGCUUGUAUCAAAUGAGUUAUCUCAGGUUAAAGAGACUGUUGUUGCUGAUGAGAAUUUUUCAGUAAGCGUGAACAAGUCAGCAUAUGAGAUAAUCGCGACCUAUAAAAAGGAAGAGACAGGAAUGGAUUUGGUAAUUCGCCUUCCUAUUUGUUAUCCAUUGCGUCCUGUGGAUGUUGACUGCACAAGGAGCCUGGGAAUAAGUGAAGUGAAGAAGAGGAAGUGGUUGCUAUCUUUAACUGCAUUCAUACGGAAUCAGAAUGGUGCUAUAGGUGAGGCGGUCCGCAUUUGGAAAAAUAAUAUUGAUAAAGAAUUCCGUGGUGUUGAAGAGUGUCCUAUUUGUUACAGCAUCAUCCACACCUCAAAUCAUAGCCUUCCUCAACUAGCUUGCAAGACCUGCAAGCACAAAUUCCAUUCGGCUUGCUUAUACAAGUGGUUCUCAACUUCUCACAAGUCAACAUGCCCAUUGUGUCAGACACCAUUUUGAUCAGCUGUAUCUAAAUUAUAGCACUUUAGCGACAUUUCGCCAGCACAUGCUCUUCGGAAGUCUUAUUGGCUAGUCGUUGUACAGAACGAGUAUGUAUCAAGAAUAUACAGGCUGGAAGUAUCAACACGCAAGUGAACAGAAACAGCUCAAUGAACAGAGUCAAAUAUGUAGCUGAGGAAUUUGAAUUUUUACAGCAGCAGUAUUGGUUGAUUGAGAGAAACGUGAUGUGGUCUUGUAUUUUAGGAACAUGGCUGUCUGUUGUGUAAUAUAUCCGGCAAUAUAUAGAGAUUUUGGUGGAAAAGAUGAGCCUUUGGCAUCACUCAAGAUGUGCAUUAUGUCUUCCAAUGUGAAAGAACUUUUUUUAACUGAAAGCGAGUAUAAAAGAGUUGUUUAGCACAUUACUGGUAGUACUCUCAAAGUAAUUCCCGUCAAAUAUGCCCAAUUAUUUUUGAA